CCUCUCUGAACUCCGCCUCUUCUUCCAGCCUCGGUGGCUCACGGGGGUUGAGACGUCAGUUUUACAUGGCAGCCUCCAGGAAGCGCUGAAGUGAGAGGGGGGAGGAAGGAUCAGGCACUGCUGAGUUAAUCAAGAACGAGCACUGAGCUAGAUGAUAUUUGUGCUAGCAAAGGCCAGAAAAUCAAGGGUUUGAAGAGAAGAUCACGGAGGUCAGGAACAUGGCUCCGAAGAUUACUACAGAAUUGCUUAAACAGCUGCGGCAGGCAAUGAAAAACUCCAAAUAUGUGCCAGAGCCAAUCCAAGCCUACAUUGUGCCUUCAGGAGAUGCACAUCAGAGUGAGUACAUUGCGCCUUGUGACUGCAGAAGAGAGUUCAUCUGUGGGUUUGAUGGCUCAGCAGGAACUGCCAUUGUAACAGAACAGGAUGCAGCUAUGUGGACAGAUGGACGUUACUUUCUCCAAGCUGCCCAGCAAAUGGAUUCCAACUGGACACUCAUGAAGAUAGGUCUGAAGGAUAUUCCUACACAGGAGGACUGGCUUGUGAGUGUACUUCCUCAGGGUUCUAAAGUUGGAGUAGAUCCAUUCAUUAUCCCAGCAGAUCAGUGGAAAAGGAUGUCGAAAGUUCUAAAAAGUGCAGGCCAUGCCCUUGUUCCCCUUGAAGAGAAUCUGAUUGAUGCAAUAUGGAUCGAUCGGCCAUCACGACCUUGCAAGCCCCUGAUGGCGCUGGGCCUAAGCUACACAGGGAUCAGUUGGAAAGACAAGAUUACAGCAUUGCGAAUAAAAAUGGCAGAGAGAAAGGCUGUCUGGUUUCUUGUGACAGCACUGGAUGAGGUGGCAUGGCUGUUUAAUCUCAGAGGCUCUGAUGUCGAAUACAAUCCAGUGUUUUUUGCUUAUGCUAUCAUAGGGGUCAAUACAAUAAGGUUAUUUAUUGAUGGUGAGCGCAUGGCAGACCCAGCUGUGAGAGAGCAUCUGUUGCUGGAUUCUGCUCAGGAUGCUGAAUUUUACAUCCAGCUUCUGCCAUAUGAAUCCAUACUGACAGUACUGAAGUCUGUCUGUGAGACUCUCUCCCCUCAUGAGAAAGUUUGGCUCAGCGACAAAGCCAGCUAUGCUCUGACCCAGGCCAUCCCCAAGGAUCACCGUUACCUCACUCCCUAUACUCCCAUCUGCAUUGCAAAAGCUGUGAAGAAUGCAUCAGAGGUUGAAGGCAUGAGAAGAGCUCAUAUCAAGGAUGCUGUUGCAUUAUGUGAACUGUUUAACUGGCUGGAGAAGGAGGUUUCCAAAGGCAACAUUACUGAAAUAUUAGUUGCAGACAAAGCAGAAGAAUUCCGUAGCCAGCAAGAGAACUUUGUCGACUUGAGCUUUGCUACCAUUUCAAGUACAGGCCCAAAUGGUGCUAUCAUACACUACAAGCCAACUCCUGAAACAAAUAGGACUUUAUCCACGAAUGAAAUCUACCUCCUAGAUUCUGGUGCCCAGUACAAAGAUGGAACUACAGAUGUGACAAGGACAAUGCAUUUUGGCACCCCAUCAACUUACGAAAAGGAAUGUUUCACGUAUGUGUUGAAGGGUCACAUUGCUGUCAGUGCAGCCAUAUUCCCCAAUGGAACCAAAGGUCACCUCCUGGACUCCUUUGCCCGGUCUGCGCUGUGGGAUCAAGGCUUGGAUUAUCUGCAUGGCACAGGACAUGGAGUUGGUGCAUUCCUAAAUGUUCAUGAGGGCCCAUGUGGUAUUAGCUACAAGACCUUUGCUGAUGAACCUCUGGAAGCUGGGAUGAUUGUGUCUGAUGAACCUGGAUAUUAUGAGGAUGGUUCUUUUGGCAUCCGAAUAGAAAAUGUGGUUCUUGUUGUUCCUGCCAAAACAAAGUACAACUUCAGCAACAGAGGCAGUUUGACUUUUGAACCUUUGACCCUGGUUCCGAUCCAGACCAAAAUGAUACACACUCAUUUGCUGACCCCUAAAGAGUGCAACUGGGUGAAUGACUACCACAAAAAAUGCAGAGAGGUGAUUGGGGCGGAACUCGAACGACAAGGACGACAUGAAGCUCUCCAGUGGCUCAUUAGGGAAACAGAACCAAUCUCCAAAACUCACUAACAGCAGUGAUCUUUUUCUUUUCAAAAAGAAAUUCUUUUUAAAAAUUGAGAACAUGGAAAUAGUUCAGAUUUACAGUGAUAUGGGCGGUGCCACCAUGCCUUGGGCUAGGACGAAAAAUAUGCUGCUUUCAUAAUGAUCAGGACAGAUUGGAGAGAGCAGGCCAUGCAUGUGCAAAAGGGACUUGUUUUCUGGAGGCUUUUCAUCUCUCAUAUUCCUUUUUCUUGGUAUUGAACAGAAAUAAAAUCAGAGCUAUGAAACCUACGUCUUUAUAGAAAGAAUAGGUCAGUGACAUACAGCACAAAACUUGGACUGGAUUCAUAUCUGCUGGGUUUCAUUUUCCAUGCUAUCUUCAAGCCCCUGAAGUUGACAAAACUGCUUGGGGGAUGAGAACACACUUUGAGAUAAUUUUGUUAUCUGUACUACUUUGCACAGAAUAAGGAGAACAUUAUUAUCCAUUUGUAUUAGCUCCAGGAUUUCUGAUAACCAUCACAAUAACAAUGUGUGAAAAGGUGAAAAGCCUAACUUUAUUGUAUUCCCAUCUUUUUAAUAAAAAUAGAGCAAGGGGCAAGUUCACACAUGUGAGUUCUGAAGAGUGACUGCAGUAUUCCAUAAAAGAACUUCCAUUAUCAGUUUCAUAUAAUCUCAACUCAUGGCGACUCUCCGUGAAUGCACUUGAAAAGUUCAGUUAUAUGAUGCUGCGUGAUUGUCCACAGAGUGACAUGCCUGCAUAUGUAGACCAGCAUGGACCAACAAAAUGUGUAGAUCACUUCCUGGAUCUCUGUGCACCAGUCAUUAAUAUUUGUAUUGUAUGGAGUGUACCUAAUCUCAUAAUACCUUUUGGAACAACCCCCCCCCCCUUCCCAAGUGUGCUUUAAACUGUCAAGGCUGUGGAUUUCCUAAAAUGUGUAUUCAGGUGUCAGGAAAGGAAGUGGCUUUGAAUGAGUGAACCUUUUAAACAGCUAAAGCUGUGUCUUUGCUUUGCCUACAGUAAAUAAACAGGAGAUACAAGUGCCAAUAAA